CUGCUCAAUGUACCCCCUUCUCAUGGACCAGCACCCCACGAGGGACCUCCACCAGGGGGACCAGCACCCCACGAGGGACCUCCACCAGGGGGACCAGCACCCCACGAGGGAUCUCCACCAGGGGGACCAGCACCCCACGAGGGAUCUCCACCAGGGGGACCAGCACCCCACGAGGGAUCUCCACCAGGGGGACCAGCACCCUAUGAAGGACCUCCAACAACAGAGGCUUCAACCCACGAGGGACCUCCAACAGGGGGACCAGCACCCAAUGAGAGAUCUUCGCCAACAGAAGCUUCACCCCAUGAGCGACCAUCACCAGGGGGACCAGCACCAGAUGAGAUACUCUCACCUGCAGGACCAGCACCCCAUGAGGGACCUUCUCCAGCUGGAUCAACACACCAUGAGGGACCAGACAGCAAUGCACCACCGUGAAGAAACAUCUCCCACGAGCGUCUCUCCAACCGUGCAUCAGCAGAAUCCCAUUAGAGACCCCCCAGCAGUGCCCCAACAGGGGGAGCACACUAUGAAAGACCCCCCGGAAACCAAAGAGCAGCCAAAGAGUGUGGUGCCCACCGAGGAGAAGGGGCCCCUGACGGUGAAGCGCCCAAUGAAUGCAUUCAUGGUGUGGUCUAGCGGGGAGAGGAAGAAGGUCUCAGCUCAGUUCCCCAAAAUGCACAACUCUGAGAUCAGCCGGCGGCUGGGGGAGGUCUGGCGGGGGCUGGGGGAGGAGGAGAGGAGACCUUUUAGGGAGGAGGCCAGGAUGCUGAGGGUCCAGCAUGCACGGGACUACCCGGGAUACAAAUAUACUCCCCGUAAGAAAAGGAAGGACAAAGGGGGAGCAAGCAACAAACAGGAGGGGAGUCAGGGCAUGUUGGCCCCACCACAACCAGUGGAGUCCACUCAACCUGGAGCCCACCUUGGUGCAGACAGCCGGGGGUUUCAUGCUCACUACAAUGGUUUCCAGGACCCUUAUGGAUAUGUUCCUUAUGCAAUGCCACCGAAGAUGGACGCCGUUCAUGGACCUAACCAUGAUUUAACUGCUUUGUAUGGAUAUGGACUCUAUGAUUAUGGAGAACGCAGAGGAUUUCAUCCCCAGGUUCAUUAUCAGACACUUGAAGUGGAGAGCAGUGGUUCUUUAACAAACCUCUGACCUCAUAAGAGCGUCCAGUGCCAUACUCAUCUCAGGAGAAGAGCCAGGCUAUUUUGACAGUGCCUUAUGAUGAACUGCCCAUCCUAUGGUCAUUGCUGGAGGAUAAGGAGACUCUUUAUGGAACACAGAUUUAAGAAGAUGACUUCUCAGAUAUUUGGCCAUUCUGCUAAGAGAGCUGUCCUUUGACUGUUAAAUGACUAAUUCAUUCUUGUAUAGUCCCCUCUAAUGGCUAAAGUCUACAGGUUCCCACCAUUUUACUACACAAGCCCAGUGGUGUAACUCCUGCUCAGUAUAUCCUGGAUUCCUAUGGGUCCAGUAAAGCUGGACAUUGUGAGACGAAUGUACAAACCACAACCCAACCCUCCCCUCCUUAAAGACUUUUCCUGAGAUGGAGCCACCAGGGCUGCUCUAGAACUCACUAUCACUAUGGGAUCCUGCAGACCCAAACAAAAUCUCCCGAGGGUCUUCCUAUCUUAAGCCCUAUGGAGUUUAUAUUAGGGCCUUAUUGUGAAGGCAUCUGUAUAUAUUAGAUAUAUUAAGGGGUUUAUCUCCUGUGACAGUUUGUAGAUAUUUUAUUAGAGUAGACCAGUCAUGGCUUAUCUUUGCACCCCAUGAUGUUGGGAAGUCUAGUUUACAAAUUUCAAGGAUGCCAAGGUUAGCCAUUGCUAAUUUAGAGGAAUCUCUCGUAGAAAGUCUUGAAGUGUGUUUUAUACAGAAGAUUUCCAUUGUCUGUUUUUGUCCCCCUGUUUGCAGUUUUAUUUUUUUAUUUUUUUUUAUUUUUUUAGAUAUAUAUCUAUCGUUCAGAUUUUAUGAUGAAACCCCCCCCUCUUUCUGAUGUCAGUCUCCACCGAUCUUCUAGAUUCACAGGGAGAGAUUUAUCAAAGUGCUGAAAAGUUGUAAAAGUGAGGCGGCCACCAUGGUUCUGUUGGUGAUUGCUUUUCCAAUUUCUGAUUGUCACUUUAAUGAACCCCUCCCAGAGUAUGACCAAAGUGUUUUCAUGUAUACACGUAUUGUGUGGGUACUCCCAAGGUAGACUAUCACUGAAAGGAAUCUGAGGCUGUGAGGAUGGCUAAAGACCAGCUUUAAUGAGAAAAUCAUUCACAUUCAUUUUAAUGGGUGAUAGAGCACAAACUGUUUUGUAGUAAAGUUAGUUUUAAGAGGAUUUUAUUUAUAUUUGUACUCCAGUAAUUUGCACAAUUAGAACCUCAGAGUGGGCAUUUCAGUUUUUGAACACAGGGUUCUCUCCAGUACUAUGAGGGCUGCCAUCUGCAAGUGGUUUGUCUGCGUUGUCCGAGCUAUAGGUAACACAGAAAUGGGUCUUGUUCUCCGAAGUAUCAUACUGAGCUGAUGGGAACCUAGUGACUGGAGGCCGACCUUUCCUGGUGGGAUCUCCUUUAACACCAGCUUAGUAAAUGAAGAACAGCUUCUCAUGCAUGGGUCUAUCCCACAUGUAAGAAGCAAUGGUUUAAAAAAGUAAAAAAAAAUUCUGCUUAUUUUGCUCCAUUUUACUGGUUUUGGAUAUGGAGUAGGUUUGUUAGGUAUUUUUCUCACUGUACAAUAUUAGGAGAAUCUGUCUUCAAUACUGUGUAACUUAAUGAGGAAGAGCACCAUCUUUAAAGUCCCGCAUACAGAGUUGCUUAGACGCUGGAAGUUAGUUGAUUUUUAUUUCAGUCGACCAUAGCUGCCUUAAAGUACUACCUCGUUGUACCUUAACAAUUAAUAUCAAAGAAGCACUCCAGAGCCCAAACGUACACGGUCUCAGGUGCUUUAUGUGUGAAGAGGGUGUAUUUGUAUUUUUCUUAUUUUAGUUUUCAAUAGAAAUUGGCUUUUUUUUUUUUUUAAUUUAUAAAUUAACCUUGUUACACCCCGAUGACUGCAUGACUCAGACACCCGGACCUGUUACUUCCUGGUUUGGUUAGCUCAGUGCAGGCAGCAACUGCCCAGAGCAUCUGCCUUGCAAAGAAUUCUCAUUGAGCUGCAUUUGGAAGUCUGUGAUUGGACAGCCACAGAAAGUCUGGGCGGGGUUAGAAGGGGAGGGCUUGUAAAGGCUGCAGACAAGGAAACUGCAGCGUUUGCAAGCUGUUUUUGAUAGACCAAAAUGUUUUUGUUUUAGCAGUGAAAUGUUCAUUUAAAAUCGGUCAUAUUGGUGAUAAAGCUUUGUAUGCCCUGCAUCCUUUAUUUCUGUACCACUGUGUGCAUAUCAUAUGAAAAAUCCUUAAUAAAAAUAUUC